AGUACCCGAGUGAUAGUGACAGCCGGUGGCCGGCCGGACGUCGUGUGUCUGGCUGGGAUCGGUACGGUGACGCGUAGUGACGCCCGUGUCCGCGGGGCACGUACGUGGCGCUGGCGGAGAGCACGUGCCGGGUCAGGGGCCGGACAUCUGUCCUGAGUCCUGCGGCCAGACCAUGGUGCCAGCUGACGAGGCGGUUCUGCGCCGGCGCGUCAGGGCGCCGCAGGCUAUGACCUCUCGUGAGGAGCUCGCCAUGGAUCCGCACUCAGUGACGUUCACCAAGAACUCGGGCGUGUUCGUGACUCGCCGCUGCGGUCUGCUGCUGCUGCUUCUGUUCGCCGGAGCCCUGCUGAUCACCGGUCUCCUCGUGCGUCACUUCCACGGCACUUCGUGUCAGCAGGACGGAGCCAGCGCCGGGGACUCCGCCGCCGCCGGCGCCGGGCCCACACUGCCCACCAAGCCGCGGGAUGUCCGUCUGCCGCGACACCUGGCCCCCGAGGGGUACAAAAUCCGACUGCUGCCGUUCAUCGAGGAGGGCAACUUCACCUUCAAUGGCGAGGUGACGGCCACCCUGCGCGCUGACGCCCCCGGCAAAAACGUCACGCUGCACGUGAACGAGAUGAUCGUGCUCAACGAUUCGGUCACGGUGAAAGACGCGACCACGGGUAAGAUGGUCGGCAUGGCGGGCUACAAGUACGAUACGGACCGCGAGUUUUUCAUCAUCCUGCUGGAGCGGUCGGUGGAGGUGGGACACAAGUACGAGGUGUACGUCAAGUACAUCGGCAGCCUCACCGACAAGCUGGCCGGGUUCUACCGCAGCAGCUACAAGACGCCUGAAGGAGAAAAACGGUGGAUUGCCGUCACCCAGUUCCAGCCGACGGAUGCCAGGAAGGCGUUCCCCUGUCUGGACGAGCCGGCCCUGAAAGCCACCUUCCAGAUCACGCUGGGCCGGCGGAAGACGAUGACGUCCAUCUCCAACAUGCCCAUCAAGAUGACGGAGCCGCACAAGGAGAUGGCCGGCUACGAGUGGGACAUCUACGAAAAAUCCGUCCCCAUGUCCACCUACUUGGUGGCGUUCGCCGUCACCGACUUCGCCGUGCGCGAGUCCGACCCCGGCCUGAGCAACACCCUCUUCAGAG